AUGCGCUCCCGAGGGCCUCUCCCUGCCUCCCACCCGAACAAGCGGCUGGAACACCAGGGCAUCAAGGUGGAGUUCAUUGGACAGAUUGAGCUAUAUUAUGACCGAGGGAACCACCAUGAAUUUGUCUCCCUGGUGAAGGACUUGGCCCGCCCUGGGGAGUUCACCCAGUCGCAGACGUUUGACUUCGAAUUCACGCAUGUGGAGAAACCGUAUGAGUCCUAUACUGGGCAGAAUGUGAAACUAAGGUACUUCCUUCGGGCCACCAUCAGCCGCCGACUGAAUGACGUGGUGAAGGAGAUGGACAUUGUUGUGCACACGCUGAGCACCUACCCAGAACUCAACUCCUCCAUCAAGAUGGAGGUGGGGAUCGAAGAUUGCCUCCAUAUUGAGUUUGAGUACAACAAAUCCAAGUAUCAUUUAAAAGAUGUGAUUGUUGGGAAGAUCUACUUUCUGCUCGUGAGGAUCAAGAUCAAACACAUGGAGAUCGACAUCAUCAAGAGGGAGACCACGGGGACCGGGCCCAACGUGUACCACGAGAACGACACAAUAGCGAAAUAUGAGAUCAUGGAUGGGGCGCCGGUGAGAGGAGAGUCCAUCCCCAUUCGGCUCUUCCUAGCAGGCUACGAGCUGACGCCAACCAUGAGAGACAUCAAUAAGAAAUUCUCUGUGCGUUAUUACCUCAACCUGGUGCUGAUCGACGAAGAAGAGCGGCGCUAUUUUAAACAACAGGAGGUAGUGUUAUGGCGCAAAGGAGACAUUGUGCGGAAAAGCAUGUCCCAUCAGGCGGCUAUUGCCUCGCAGCGGUUUGAAGGUACGUCCUCCCAGACAGAGAGCAGGACGGCCAGCCAGUCUGCAGAGAACAACGGACGGCAGUGAGACACCCGCGGAUCGCGCUCUCUGCAGAACCUCCACGGUCUCAGCCUGGAGACGCUGCGAAAAAAAAGGAGAAUACCGAACGAAUCUUUCAACAGAGACUUGAGAACACGAAUUAUCUGUUGGGUUUUGUGUGUUUCCUUUUUUUUUUCCCCCUCUUCAUUCCUUCCCACCCCGCCCCGAGGACUAGCAACUUGCAGGAUAGUGAGGGGGGAUCAGCCCAGGUGACACUAACAAUGCCGUCUUCUCUCUGCGUUCAGUAUUGCUCUGGCAUGCUGUGGUCCAAUGCCUUUUUUAAGUAGGGGAACGCGCUAGGUCAGGGGUCCCCAACCUUUUUGCGCCGGUGGGCGCAUUUGGAAUUCCGGCACGGCACGGUGGACGCAGCAACAAAGCGGCUGCCGCAGGAGGCAGAG